CGGAAGUAGAACUUUUGUAACUUCCUGUUGGGCGAAGUGUCUGUAGACGCUGGGAUAGAAGCACAUAAAUAUAUCGAAAAUGCCAAAGGAUUAUUUAGGUUCGGAUCAACGCAAAACAAAAGAAAAGUCAGAUGAAGAAGAAAAACCAAUUCAAUCUUUGGAUGAGGGAGACAUAGCUCUUCUUAAGACUUACGGUGUUGGUCAGUACAGUAAAACAAUCAAAAGCUGUGAGGAAGAUAUUCAGAAGAACCUUAAAACUGUCAAUGAACUCUCAGGAAUCAAAGAGUCAGACACUGGUCUUGCACCGCCUGCAUUAUGGGAUCUUGCAGCAGAUAAACAAACAUUGCAGAGUGAACAACCACUUCAGGUAGCUCGCUGCACAAAGAUCAUAAAUGCAGACUCCGAGGAUGCUAAGUAUAUUAUUAAUGUCAAACAAUUCGCCAAGUUUGUGGUGGAUCUUGGUGACCAAGUGGCUCCCACAGACAUUGAAGAAGGCAUGCGUGUAGGUGUUGACCGGAACAAAUACCAGAUCCAUAUUCCUUUACCACCAAAAAUUGACCCUACAGUCACCAUGAUGCAAGUGGAAGAAAAGCCAGAUGUCACAUACAGCGAUGUUGGCGGCUGCAAAGAACAGAUUGAGAAACUGCGAGAAGUUGUUGAGACCCCUCUUCUUCAUCCUGAGAGAUUUGUAAACCUUGGCAUAGAACCUCCAAAGGGAGUGCUGCUCUUUGGGCCACCAGGCACUGGAAAGACAUUGUGUGCUCGUGCUGUUGCCAAUCGCACAGACGCCUGUUUCAUCCGAGUCAUUGGUUCUGAGCUUGUGCAGAAGUAUGUCGGAGAGGGUGCCCGCAUGGUGCGUGAGCUGUUUGAAAUGGCACGCUCCAAAAAAGCCUGUAUUAUAUUUUUUGAUGAGAUUGACGCUGUUGGAGGGGCAAGAUUUGAUGAUGGAGCUGGUGGAGACAAUGAAGUUCAGCGGACAAUGCUUGAGCUAAUCAACCAGUUAGAUGGAUUUGAUCCCCGUGGAAAUAUCAAGGUGUUGAUGGCAACAAAUCGCCCUGACACACUAGAUCCAGCUCUUAUGCGUCCAGGUCGCUUGGACAGGAAGAUAGAGUUUGGUCUCCCAGAUUUAGAUGGUCGUGCACAUAUUUUCAAGAUCCAUGCCCGAUCCAUGAGCGUCGAAAAGGACAUUCGUUAUGAACUGCUGGCUCGUCUAUGUCCCAACAGCACAGGUGCAGAGAUUCGUAGUGUAUGUACAGAAGCUGGAAUGUUUGCCAUCCGAGCUCGACGAAAAAUGGCCACAGAGAAAGAUUUUCUGGAUGCUGUCAGCAAAGUCAUCAAGGCUUAUGCUAAAUUUAGUGCAACACCCCGCUACAUGACUUACAAUUGAAUCAAUUUAUCAGCUGAAAGUCUGUAUUUGGCUUGAUAUACUUAGGAGAUACACCUAAGGACUGUUCAUUUAUGAAUAUUCUUUCUGAUCAGAAAAUAAUUUAAUGACCAAAAAGAAAAAACAACAACCAACCAACCCAAAAACUCUGUGGUAGAUUAAAUUUACAUGUUCUAGAGUGUAAAGUAAGAGAUGUUGGAUUAAAUACACACAAUUUGAAAUAGUUUAUUGGAUUUAUGCACAUUUAUUGCAUUAACAGGAGGCCAUGUCUUUUGAGACUUCUGUUUGAAUCUCUUAUUUAAUUUAUUGUUAAGUACUUAGCUAUCUCUGCAUACAGUUGUACAGCACUAUAUCGAAAAUGAUCACUCACAGGAAAUCCAAAGACUUGAGUGCUAGAAAGAUGAGAGAGGUAAUCGAAUUUUCUCUCUUUUUAUUUGCAUUCAAUCAAUUCAAAAUACCAGAGGAUUUUCAUAGGCAAAAAUCAAACAAAAAUGUUUACUAGUUGUGUGGGUCCGUUGGUUGACUACAGAGCAUCAAUCUUCCAAUCAACAUCAAGGAUACAAAUGUCCAUUUUGGAGGAUUAUAUUGGGUGUGAAAAGGCUUUGAUUUUCUUUACUUAUUAAAAUAUGAAUGGGAGGGGAAGAAAAA